GCUUCAUCUACACCAUCAAAAUGGAAGAUGCAUUGUCAAGCUUUAAGUUGGCAUUACCAUUACCAAUUGGAAUCACAAUCGAACAGCUCAUCACUACCAAUCCUCUAAUGCAAAAUCCUCCAUAGAUUUGUGAGUUUUGCUUCAUAAACAGUGUCGAGAAUAAAAGAUGGUGAAAAUCACGGCGUUGAUGGUGGUGAAAGACAGCCCGCAGGGCUCCGAUCCCGUCAUUUUGGCCACCGCAACGGAUCUCGGCAAUUUCGGGUUUUUUCAGCGCCCCAGCGUUAAGGAAUUUAUUGUCUUCGUCGGUCGGACCGUUGCUAAACGGACCCCGCCCGGCCAGCGCCAAUCCGUCCAGCAUGAAGAAUACAAAGUUCAUUCAUACAACCGCGACGGAUUAUGUGCAUUGGGAUUUAUGGAUGAUCACUACCCUGUUCGGAGCGCCUUUUCAUUGCUCAACCAGGUCUUAGACGAAUACCAGAAAAACUUUGGUGAUUCAUGGAAAACUCAGCAAGCUGAUAAUGCUCAACAGUGGCCCUACCUGAGUGAGGCACUGACCAAAUUUCAGGACCCUGCUGAGGCAGACAAGCUGUUAAAGAUUCAGAGAGAGUUGGAUGAAACAAAAAUUAUUCUUCACAAGACUAUCGAGAGUGUACUAGAACGAGGUGAGAAGCUAGAUAGCUUGGUUGAUAAGAGUUCAGAUCUUAGUGCAGCCUCCCAGAUGUUUUACAAGCAGGCGAAGAGAUCCAAUCAAUGUUGUACGGUCUUGUGAGGAUCAUCUCGCCUCGUCUCAUGUAUGGCCUUUCUUGCUUCAUUGUUAAGUCUUUAGUGUGACACAUCUGUUCAUACCUUCUAUGAAAGCCGGCGAAAUUUAUUCUUUUUCUUCUUCCGUUUGUAUCUUAACAUCUUUAUUCAAAAAUGAGCUAUGAAUUUCAUCACCAAUUUGAAUGGUGCUUCAGUUCA